UGCAGAUAUUAACUUGUUUAAAAAGAGUAAGUCUUUUGAAGUCUUCAAUUGGCACAUUGGAAGACGAAAAGGAGAUAAGAAUGUCCUCAAAAAUUCUGAAUUUCUUUAAGAAGAUCUUUCAUGUAAAAAAAGAUGACAACCGCCUAUCCAUCAUGUGUUCCUCAAUGGUGAAUGUCAUCCAAGACCCACUGCUUGUUAGGAAGCCUGGUACAAGUGACACUUUUGGACCGGAGAAUUUCAGUCAUCUGUGCUCCAUUACAGCAUACCAUGGAAUCAGGUAUAGGGAGGCAGAUGAACCAUUCUUGCUGAUAGUGGGCGACUAUGGUGCCACGAUCGGACUCAAAUCUACGCUUUGGCCACGCUCAUUCUUCAAUACCUGCGCCUUGCCUCGAAGCCUGCUGACUCAACUGGUUCCCAACGAUGAGCAAGAAUACCUGGAGGUAAAGUAUGGCUUUAAUUGGUCUAGUGUGUCAGUCGAGGCGAGGCUUAUUUCAGUGCCUACGUGUAAGGCACACUGGACUAUGACGCUCGCUGAAAAUAGGAAGAGCGUCAAUAUCUCUCCCGAAAAUCAGGAACUUCGAUUCUAUGACGACUUUUCAAAUAUGAAGAUUCACGCUCUGGUAACCUUUGAGGCUAAAGGAUACUCUGUACAACACUUAUCUGCAAAUGUGUGGUUUCCGGAUCAUUUGAAGCAAAAUGACACUUGCCGUUGCGUUGAUUGGAUCUACCUCAAUUUUUGGAACUUCGAGAGGAAUGGCUUUCUUGACCUCAGUAAAGGGUGUGGCGACGAUCUUUUCACCUUCUUACAGCAGAAACGUUAUGAGGCAAUUAUCUCUGCUGCAAGCUAGCAUAUUUGAUGUUGAUUUGAGCUCUAUCACAUAUAAAGCUGUCUUGUCCUGCUUUUUGAGAUUUCGUGAUUCAAUUCUGUGGAUAUAAUUGCUCCUAUGGCUGCAUCCUCGG